CGCUAGUUUCGUGGAAUUGUAAAAUAAACUGUUUUAGCAGCAUAAACAUUGAAAGCCCGUGGAAAAACUCAUUUUCCGGUGGUCAACGUAAAAACAACUCUUAAGCGUUGAACAUAUUUGUAAAAUAGAGUAUAUUUAUUUCGUAAUUUCCUUGUAAAAACGAAAGCGUGCAAUUAACUCAAGGCAACUUGUGGAUAGCGUGGUAAGAAAACCGGUGGAUAUGGAAAUGGAAUCUGACAACAGCGACGACGAGGGAUCGAUUGGCAACGGAUUGGACUUGACCGGAAUUCUAUUUGGCAACAUUGAUUCCGAGGGAAGAUUGCUUGAAGAUGACGAAAACGAGGGACGCGGAGGCACCGGGUUCGAUGCGGAGCUCCGAGAAAACAUUGGAUCGUUAUCAAAGUUGGGUCUGGAUUCAAUGCUGCUCGAGGUAAUUGACCGUAAAGAAGUUGAACCCCUCUCCGAGGAUGAAGAAGAGGAGAAAUCUGAGGCCAGUGCCAGUGGCGGUCUCAGUGCCUUCGACGCCCUCAAGGCCGGCGUAAAAAGUGACGAAAAGGAGGAUGGUGCCGUUAAAGCUCAAGACGAUGCCAUAGAUUACUCAGACAUUAACGAGUUAUCCGAGGAUUGCCCACGCACUCCGCCUGAAGAACCCUCCUCCUACGAUGACCUAGAGGACGCCAUCCCCGCCUCAAAGGUGGAAGCUAAGCUGACCAAGGACGAUAAAGAACUGAUGCCACCGCCAAGUGCUCCCAUGCGUUCGGGUUCUGGAAGCGGAACUGAUGAGCCCGCCAAGCCAAAUGAUGCUGCCGCUGCCAGUGGUGAUUCCAAGUCUAUCGAUCCCAAGGAUGCGGAUCGCAAGCUGGACACUCCGCUGGCUGACAUUCUACCAUCCAAGUAUCAGAAUGUGGAUGUCCGCGAGCUUUUUCCCGACUUCCGUCCCCAAAAGGUGCUCCGCUUCUCGAGACUUUUUGGUCCUGGUAAACCCACAAGCCUUCCGCAGAUUUGGCGACACGUCCGCAAACGUCGUCGCAAGCGAAACCAGUCCAGGGACCAGAAGUUGACCAACACCGGUGGUUCCGAUUCGCCAAGCGAUUCUGAUGAGCCCCGGAAGCGUGGCUUCAGUCUGCACUACGGACCGGAGCCUACGCCGGCGGAGUGCAUGUCUGACGACGAGGACAAGCUGCUGGGCGACUUCAACAGCGAGGACGUGCGUCCGGAGGGUCCAGAGAAUGGGGAAAACAGCGACCAGAAGCCCAAGGUUGCCGACUGGCGUUACGGUCCGGCACAGAUUUGGUACGAUAUGCUGGAGGUGCCCGACUCCGGCGAGGGGUUCAACUACGGCUUCAAGACAAAGACGGCCUCCUCCUCGUCCCAGGCGCCGAUCAAGGAUGAGCGAAAUGCAAACAGUCCGGAGGGAGAUGGCGACGAGCCGUGCAUUGCAGACGACGCCUUUCUGAUGGUAUCCCAGCUGCACUGGGAGGACGACGUGGUCUGGGAUGGCAACGACAUCAAGGCAAAGGUGCUGCAGAAGCUGAACUCGAAGACCAAUGCAGCCGGAUGGCUACCCUCCAGUGGAUCGCGAACUGCCGGUGCCUUUAGCCAGCCGGGAAAAACAUCUCUGCCGGUGGGAAGCACGACGGGCAGCUCCAAGCAGGGCUCGGCAGCAUCCAGCAAAAAGGCACAACAGAAUGCUCAAGUGAAGCCGGCAGAGGCACCCGAUGACACCUGGUACAGCUUGUUCCCGGUGGAAAAUGAGGAGCUUAUCUACCACAAGUGGGAGGACGAGGUGAUUUGGGACGCCCAGCAAAUGAGUAAGGUGCCCAAGCCGAAGGUUCUCACUCUGGACCCCAACGACGAGAACAUUAUCCUGGGAAUACCCGACGACAUUGACCCAUCCAAGAUCAACAAGAGCACGGGACCUCCGCCCAAAAUCAAGAUUCCGCAUCCCCACGUGAAGAAGUCAAAGAUCCUGCUUGGCAAGGCAGGCGUGAUUAACGUGCUGGCGGAGGACGCGCCCCCGCCGCCACCGAAAAGUCCCGAUCGAGACCCCUUCAACAUAUCAAACGACACGUACUACACGCCCAAGACAGAACCGACACUGCGCCUGAAGGUCGGCGGUGGAAAUCUCAUCCAACACUCGACUCCGGUGGUAGAGCUGCGGGCUCCGUUUGUGCCCACUCACAUGAGCGAGAUGAAGCUGCGCUCCUUCCAUCGUCCCCCACUCAAGAAGUACUCCCACGGAGCGCUCGCCCAGGCGACGCCCCACCCCGUCUUCCCACUGGUAAAGACCAUCGCGAAGAAGGCCAAACAGCGCGAGGUGGAGCGCAUCGCCUCCGGUGGCGGAGACGUCUUCUUCAUGCGCAACCCAGAGGACCUGAGUGGCAGAGACGGAGACAUCGUGCUGGCCGAGUUCUGCGAAGAGCACCCACCGCUGAUGAACCAGGUGGGCAUGUGCUCCAAGAUCAAGAACUACUACAAGCGCAAGGCGGAAAAGGACAGUGGACCUCAGGAUUAUGUCUACGGAGAGGUGGCCUUCGCGCACACCAGUCCCUUCCUGGGCAUCCUGCAUCCCGGCCAGUGCAUCCAGGCGAUUGAGAACAACAUGUACCGAGCUCCCAUUUAUCCGCACACUAUGGCCCACAACGAUUUCCUGGUUAUUCGCACCCGGAACAACUACUGGAUUCGGUCGGUGAACUCGAUCUUUACGGUGGGCCAGGAGUGUCCGCUGUACGAGGUCCCGGGUCCCAACUCAAAGCGAGCAAACAACUUCACACGCGACUUUCUGCAGGUCUUUAUCUACCGCUUGUUCUGGAAGAGUCGCGACAAUCCGCGUCGAAUCCGAAUGGACGACAUAAAGCGGGCCUUUCCAGCUCAUUCCGAGAGCAGCAUCCGCAAGCGACUCAAGCAAUGCGCCGACUUCAAGCGCACGGGCAUGGACUCCAACUGGUGGGUGAUCAAGCCGGAGUUCCGCCUGCCCUCCGAAGAGGAGAUCCGCGCCAUGGUCUCGCCUGAGCAGUGCUGCGCCUACUUCAGUAUGAUCGCUGCAGAACAGCGCCUCAAGGAUGCCGGCUAUGGAGAGAAGUUUUUGUUCGCUCCGCAGGAGGAUGACGACGAGGAGGCGCAACUGAAACUUGACGAUGAGGUGAAGGUGGCGCCCUGGAACACCACUCGUGCCUAUAUCCAGGCGAUGCGGGGCAAGUGCUUGCUGCAGCUGAGUGGUCCCGCUGAUCCCACCGGUUGCGGUGAAGGAUUUUCCUACGUUCGAGUGCCAAACAAGCCCACGCAAACUAAGGAGGAGCAGGAGUCGCAGCCAAAACGAUCGGUCACCGGAACCGACGCGGAUCUGCGUCGUCUGCCACUCCAGCGUGCCAAGGAGCUGCUGCGUCAGUUCAAGGUGCCCGAGGAGGAGAUCAAAAAGCUUUCCCGCUGGGAGGUUAUCGACGUGGUGCGCACCUUGUCCACAGAGAAGGCGAAGGCUGGUGAGGAGGGAAUGGAUAAGUUCUCUCGCGGCAACAGGUUCUCCAUUGCCGAGCAUCAAGAACGUUAUAAGGAAGAGUGCCAGCGCAUCUUCGACCUGCAGAACCGGGUGCUUGCCAGCUCAGAGGUGUUAUCCACCGACGAGGCGGAGUCCUCGGCCUCUGAGGAAUCAGACCUCGAGGAACUGGGCAAGAAUCUGGAGAACAUGCUGUCCAACAAGAAGACCUCCACGCAGCUGUCGCUGGAGCGUGAGGAGCAGGAGCGCCAGGAGCUGCUCCGCCAGUUGGACGAUGAGCACGGUGGACCAAGUGGCAGUGGCGGCGCCAAGGGCGCCAAAGGCAAGGAGGAUGCCGGUCAGCAAAUGCUGGCGACCAGCAACCAGGGCAGGAUUCUCCGAAUCACGCGCACCUUCAGGGGAAACGACGGCAAGGAGUAUACCCGCGUGGAGACUGUGCGGCGCCAGCCGGUGAUCGAUGCUUACAUCAAGAUUCGCACCACAAAGGACGAGCAGUUCAUCAAGCAAUUCGCCACGCUAGACGAGCAGCAGAAGGAGGAGAUGAAGCGCGAGAAGAGGCGUAUUCAGGAGCAGCUGCGUCGCAUCAAGCGCAACCAGGAGCGCGAACGUCUAGCUCAGCUGGCCCAGAACCAGAAGCUGCAGCCAGGUGGCAUGCCGACUUCCCUGGGCGACCCCAAGAGUUCUGGCGGUCACUCGCACAAGGAGCGGGACAGUGGCUACAAGGAGGUCAGUCCCUCGCGCAAGAAGUUUAAGCUGAAGCCGGACCUCAAGCUCAAGUGCGGAGCUUGUGGCCAGGUGGGCCACAUGCGCACGAACAAGGCGUGUCCGCUGUACACGGGAAUGCAGAGCAGUCUGUCCCAGUCGAAUCCCUCGCUGGCUGACGACUUGGACGAGCAGAGCGAGAAGGAGAUGAAUAUGGACGACGACGAUUUGGUGAAUGUCGAUGGCACCAAGGUGACGCUGAGCAGCAAGGUGCUCAAGCGGCACGGCGGAGAUGACGGCAAGCGACGCAGUGGCUCCAGCUCAGGUCUCACCUUGAAGGUUCCCCGGGACGCCAUGGGCAAAAAGAAACGCAGAGUGGGCGGCGAUCUCCAUUGCGACUACCUUCAGCGGCACAACAAGACGGCCAAUCGAAGGCGCACCGAUCCCGUGGUCGUGCUGUCCUCCAUUUUGGAGCUCGUUCUCAACGAGCUGCGUUCCAUGCCCGAUGUAACGCCAUUUAUGUUCCCAGUGAAUGCGAAACGGGUGCCCGACUACUACCGCGUAGUGACCAAGCCCAUGGACUUGCAGACGAUGAGGGAGAACAUUCGCCAGCGGCGUUAUACAAGUCGAGAGAUGUUCCUAACGGACAUUAAGCAGAUCUUGGACAACUCGACCCUCUACAAUGGAUCGCAAAGCGCUUACACUGUGGCCGCCCAGCGCAUGUUCACCAACUGCUACGAGCUUCUAACCGAACGGGAGGAUAAGCUUAUGCGCCUUGAGAAGGCCAUCAACCCACUGCUGGACGACGAUGACCAGGUGGCACUCUCCUUCAUAUUUGACAAGCUGCACACACAGAUCAAACAACAAACCGAGAGCUGGCCUUUCCUUAAGCCGGUCAACAAGAAGCAGGUCAAGGACUACUACACGGUCAUCAAGCGGCCCAUGGACCUCGAAACUAUCGGCAAGAACAUUGAAGCUCAUCGAUAUCACAGUCGCGCCGAGUAUCUGGCUGACAUCGAGUUGAUUGCCACCAACUGCGAGCAGUACAAUGGCAGCGAUACUCGCUACACCAAGUUCGCCAAGAAGAUACUAGAGUUCGCGCAGUCCCAGUUGGAAGAGUUUGCGGAGCACUGCGCCCAGUUGGAGGAUAAUAUAGCCAAGACCCAGGAGCGCGCCAGGGAGAAUGCACCCGAGUUUGAUGAAGCCUGGGGCAAUGAUGACUACAACUUUGACCGCGGCAGUCGAGGCAGCUCACCAGGGGAUGACUACAUCGAUGUGGAGAGCCACGGCGGACACGCCUCUUCAUCGAACUCCAUCCACCGCGGCAUGGGAGCGGAAAGGGAUGGACCAUCCCACUCCGCGUCGUCAUUGCGGAAGCCUCCACCUCCGGGGCCGGGUGAGGUGAAGCGCGGGAGGGGAAGACCCCGCAAGCAGCGCGAUCCCGUGGAGGAGGUCAAAUCCCAGAAUCCGGUUAAGCGCGGUCGGGGCCGUCCGAGGAAGGACAGCCUUGCCUCAAACAUGAGUCACACGCAAGCUUACUUCCUGGAUGAAGACCUGCAAUGUUCGACCGACGACGAGGACGAUGACGAAGAAGAGGACUUCCAGGAGGUCUCUGAGGACGAGAACAAUGCGGCCAGCAUUUUGGAUCAGGGCGAACGCAUCAACGCGCCCGCAGAAGGCAUGGAUGCCAUGUUCGAUCCCAAGAACAUCAAGACGGAGAUCGACAUCGAGGCCCAGCAGAUUGCAGAGGAGCCGGUCGGCGAGGAUGACAGCCAGCAGGUGGCCGAAGCAAUGGUGCAGUUAAGUGGCGUGGGCGCUGGCUACUAUGCUCAACAGCAGCAAGAUGAGUCCAUGGACGUGGACCCCAACUACGAUCCCUCUGACUUCCUGGCCAUGCACAAGCCUCGCCAGAAUCUUGGUGAGCCCAGCAACUUGCAGGGCGCCUUCAGCAAUUUCCUCUCGCAUGUUCAGGAUGACAAUGGUCCGUACAACACACAAGAGGCCAGUACAAGUGCCGCAGCAGCUUCAGGAAUGGAAAUGAAUCUGCCGACCCAUGAAGACGAUUCCAUGGCAAUGCAAAUGCCACCGGAAAUGCCUGCCAACAAUCUAGGUAUCGACGAUGAUCUGGACAUUUCGGAGAGUGAUGAAGAGGAAGAUGGCUCCAGAGUGCGCAUCAAAAAGGAGGUCUUCGACGAAGGAGACUACGGUCUGCAGCACCACCAGCAGAUGGGAAUGCCAUCAUCACAGUCACAGAUCUACAUGGUGGAUUCGUCUAACGAACCCACGAACCUCGACUAUCAGCAGCCACCGCAGAUGGACUUCCAGCAGGUUCAGGGGAUGGAUCAGAUGCAGCAACAGGUGAUGCAGCAGCAGGCCAUGCCCCCGCUGCAACAGGAGCAGCCGCAAACGCCGCAGGGAGACAAUGAUUAUGCAUGGACCUUUUAGUGCUAUCUUCACUCUUCGAGAGAAAGAGACUGUGGAAAUACUUUGUUGAUCCGAUCGAUCCGAUCAAAUUCAAUUUUACUUUAUUAUUUUGCUUGAGUUGGGUGUCCAUUUAAAAAAUUCAAUAAUUUUCCCUUUAUGUAAAUUAAUAGGCUUCUUAAUUGCCGAGCUACCAAUAACUACUUUCAUAAUCC